CCCUCCAUCCAUCCCUCCGCGGCUGGUGCUGCCCUUCGGCCGCCGCGGAACGCGGGGCGCGGAGGGCCGGGCUCUCACAGCGCUUACACACCGCACCGCCGCUCCCCUCCUGCCUUCCGCCGCUCUCGUCUGUUUUAAUUUUAAUAUUUUUUUCUUCCCUCCUCUUUCUCCCCUCCCAUCCUUUUGGGCGCUUCCCCGCUCGCCCGCCCGCCCGCCCCGGCGGGCUGCCCUCCGCGGGCGCGCAGCGCGGGGCCAUGCCGGCGGGGCCGCCGCUGCUGCGGGCUGCCCUCCUCCUCAUCCUCGUCCUCCUGCUCUUCCUCGGCGCCCCCCCGGCCCGCGGAGUCGUGUACACCAACCAUUUCUUGGUGGAGCUGCGCGGCGGGGGCCGGGCAGAGGCCGAUCGGGUGGCGGCGGAGCAUGGCUUCGGCGGGGUGCGCAAGCUCCCUUUUUUAGAAUCUGGAUACUUCUUUUAUCACAAUGGCAUUCCUAAAGCCAGGAGAAGACGCAGUCUUCAACACAAGCUUCGUCUGGAAAAGGACUCCAGGGUGAGGAAAGCUGUGCAACAGGAGGGCUUCAGCAGAAGGAAGAGAGGUUAUAGAGACAUCAAUGACAUUGACAUCAACAUGAACGACCCUUUAUUUACAAAGCAAUGGUACCUGAUUAACACUGGUCAAGCAGAUGGGACUCCUGGACUUGACCUUAAUGUAGCCGAAGCAUGGGAGCUGGGAUACACAGGGAAGGGAGUAACCAUAGGAAUUAUGGAUGAUGGAAUUGAUUAUCUGCAUCCAGAUCUUGCAUCAAAUUACAAUGCCAAAGCCAGCUACGACUUCAGCAGUAAUGACCCCUACCCCUACCCCCGCUACACAGAUGACUGGUUUAACAGCCAUGGGACAAGGUGUGCAGGAGAGGUGUCUGCUGCUGCCAACAACAACAUCUGUGGUGUGGGAGUCGCCUACAACUCCAAGGUUGCAGGUAUUCGAAUGCUUGACCAGCCAUUUAUGACAGACAUUAUUGAGGCUUCCUCCAUCAGUCAUAUGCCUCAAGUCAUAGAUAUAUAUAGUGCCAGCUGGGGGCCAACUGAUAAUGGGAAGACUGUGGAUGGACCUAGAGAGCUAACACUGCAAGCCAUGGCAGAUGGUGUGAACAAGGGCCGGGGUGGCAAAGGCAGCAUCUAUGUCUGGGCCUCUGGAGAUGGGGGCAGCUAUGACGACUGUAACUGCGAUGGUUAUGCCUCAAGCAUGUGGACAAUCUCCAUCAAUUCUGCCAUAAAUGAUGGAAGGACAGCUCUGUACGAUGAAAGCUGCUCUUCAACCUUGGCCUCCACCUUUAGUAAUGGCAGGAAGAGAAAUCCAGAGGCUGGUGUGGCCACGACGGAUUUGUAUGGCAACUGCACCCUGCGCCACUCGGGCACAUCUGCAGCUGCCCCCGAAGCAGCCGGAGUGUUCGCCCUGGCCCUGGAGGCAAACUUGGAUCUGACAUGGAGGGACAUGCAGCAUCUGACAGUGCUCACCUCCAAGAGGAACCAGCUCCACGACGAGGUUCAUCGGUGGCGGAGGAACGGCGUUGGGCUGGAGUUCAACCAUUUGUUUGGUUAUGGUGUCCUGGAUGCAGGAGCAAUGGUCAAGAUGGCAAAAGACUGGAAGACUGUCCCAGAGAGAUUCCAUUGUGUCGGGGGGUCAAUACAGGAACCUGAAAAGAUACCACCAAGUGGCAAGCUGGUUCUCACAUUGACAACUGAUGCAUGUGAGGGGAAGGAAAACUUUGUGAGAUACCUUGAGCAUGUCCAGGCAGUUAUAACUGUGAAUUCUACCCGGCGGGGAGACCUCAACAUCAACAUGACCUCGCCCAUGGGAACAAAGUCCAUCUUGCUGAGCCGGCGCCCCAGGGAUGACGACUCCAAGGUGGGUUUUGACAAAUGGCCUUUCAUGACCACACACACUUGGGGGGAAGACCCCCGAGGCACCUGGGCUCUGGAGAUCGGGUUUGUGGGCAGCCAGCCCCAGAGGGGUGUGCUGAAGGAGUGGACACUGAUGCUGCAUGGGACUCAGAGCGCACCGUACAUAGACCAAAUAGUAAAAGAUUAUCAGUCCAAACUGGCCAUGUCCAAGAAGGAAGAGCUAGAAGAAGAAUUGGAUGAAGCAGUGGAGAGAAGCCUGAAGAGUAUACUGAGCAAAAACUAGUGCUGUUCUGCAUGAUGGUGUCUUUCCUUCCCCAGACCCCUCUACUCACCUUUCUACUAUCCAAACCUCUGUGUUAGACAUAUUACAAUGAUCGUCUCUGUAGCCAAAUUAUCACCCUUUCUUGAUUUUAAAGUCUUCUAUCUCAUCAAUAAUUACUUUAUUUGCCACUGAAGCAAUCCGUUUUUUACUCUAAACCACAAAUGUACUGUCUCCCACCGAAUACUAUGUACAGUUUGUGACUGUAAAUGAUUUUUUCUUUUGCGUCAUACAAAUAGGUAAUAACCUGCAAAGAAAUUGAUGGCUUUUCUGUUCUUAUUUUUGUGGUAAACACUGUUU